ACACUGGGAUAGAAAAUCAUAUGAACAGAACCAGGACAGGGAGGCCGGCGGAGUGUCCUGCAGAGGGAGCGUCCAAAUCCUGUGCUUCUCUCCCUGGGAGUCGGCAGGGUCCUCCAGCAUGCCCACUGGCAAGAGAGAGGGGACUGACACACUUGCUCCCAUCAGCUUCUGAAGUGACCCUGAACCCCUGGUGACCCUCUACCACCAAAGCUGGUGCCUAUGUUUGUUAGACAAAUAUAGCCUGGCCUGCCACCCCUUUAGCUCCAAAGUCCAGAAGUGCAGAGAGCCAGGACCAAGACAUGUACUGCUCACCAGGGAUGGACAAAUUGUCAGCGAUGUGGUACAUCGUCCUUUUUUCCCUUUUGGCAUGGGUUUCUGCUGAGCCUACUAUGUAUGGGGAGAUCCUGUCCCCUAACUAUCCUCAGGCAUACCCCAAUGAGGUAGAGAAAUCUUGGGAUAUAGAGGUUCCUGAAGGGUAUGGGAUCCACCUCUACUUCACCCACCUGGACAUAGAGCUGUCAGAGAACUGCGCAUAUGACUCAGUGCAGAUAAUGUCAGGAGGCCUUGAAGAAGGGAAAAUCUGUGGACAGAGGACCAGCAAGAAUCCCAACUCCCCAAUUGUGGAAGAGUUCCACAUCCCAUACCAUAAACUCCAGGUGAUCUUUAAGUCAGAUUUCUCCAAUGAAGAGCGUUUCACUGGGUUUGCUGCAUACUAUGUUGCUGUAGAUAUAAAUGAGUGCACAGACUUUGCAGAUACCCCUUGUAGCCACUUCUGCAACAACUUCAUUGGUGGUUACUUCUGCUCCUGCCCCCCAGAAUACUUUCUCCAUGAUGAUAUGAAAAACUGUGGAGUCAAUUGCAGUGGGAAUGUUUUCACUGCACUGAUUGGGGAGAUCGCAAGUCCCAAUUAUCCUGAUCCCUACCCAGAGAACUCAAGGUGUGAAUAUCAGAUCUUGUUGGAGGAAGGGUUCCAAGUGGUGGUGACUGUGCGAAGAGAAGAUUUUGAUGUGGAACCAGCUGAUUCAGAGGGCAACUGUGCUGACAGUUUAGUUUUUGUUACAAGAGACCAGCAAUUUGGUCCUUACUGUGGUAAUGGAUUCCCUGGGCCACUAAAUAUUGAAUCCAAGAGUAAUGCUCUUAAUAUCAUCUUCCAAACUGACCAAACAGGGCAAAAGAAAGGCUGGAAACUUCGUUAUCAUGGAGAUCCAAUCCCCUGUCCUAAAAGCGUGUCUGCCAAUUCUGUUUGGGAGCCUGAGAAGGCAAAAUAUGUGUUCAAAGAUGUGGUGAAGAUAAACUGUCUUGAGGGGUUUGAAGUUGUACAGGGGAGUGUUGGCUCAACAUCUUUCUAUUCUAUUUGUCAAAGCAAUGGAAAGUGGAGUAAUUCCAAAUUGAAAUGUCAACCUGUGGACUGUGGCUCUCCUGAACCCAUUCAGCAUGGUAAAUUCGAGGACCCAGAACAUACUUUAUUUGGUUCUGUCACUCGCUACAGUUGUGAUGAACCAUAUUACUACAUGCAAGAUGAAGAAAGUGGGGAGUAUCACUGCGCUGGAAACGGGAGCUGGGUGAAUGAGGUGCUGGGCACAGAGCUUCCAAGAUGUAUCCCAGUCUGUGGCACCCCCAAUGAGGUCUUUGAAGGAAAACAGAGGAUAUUUGGAGGAACCUAUGCAAAUAUUCAAAACUUCCCCUGGCAAGUCUUCUUUUCGAACCCACGGGCUGGUGGGGCUCUCAUUGAUGAGUACUGGGUGCUGACAGCUGCCCAUGUUGUGGAGGUAAAUCAGAACCCAGUAAUGUAUGUUGGGUCCACCUCAUUGACUGUUGCACACCUGGAAAAAGCCCAGAUGCUCAUUGCUGAUCGUGUGUUUAUUCAUCCGGGUUGGGAAUUCCUAGAGAACCCAGAAACACGGAAGAAUUUUGACAACGACAUUGCUCUGGUGCGGCUGAAAGACCCAGUGAAAAUGGGACUCACUGUCUCCCCUAUUUGCCUGCCAGGCACCUCCUCAGAAUACAACCCCUCGGUGGGAGACCUGGGACUGAUCUCAGGAUGGGGCAAAACGGAAGUAAGAGAUCAUGUUAUAAUGCUCAGAGGGGCAAAGGUGCCUAUAGCUCCCUUGCUAAAGUGCCAAGAGGCGAAGGCAAAAAAUCCGAAAGUGAGUGUAAAUACCUAUGUUUUCACGGAUAACAUGAUCUGUGCUGGAGGAGAGAAGGGUGUUGACAGCUGUGAAGGAGACAGUGGUGGGGCCCUUGCUAUACAGGACCCCAAUGAAAAGAACCCCAAAUUCUAUGUAGCUGGUCUGGUGUCCUGGGGUCCGCAGUGUGGGACCUAUGGGAUAUACACACGAGUGAAGAACUACAUUGACUGGAUAACGAAGACUAUGCAGGAAAACAGUACCCCCAGUAUGGACUAAUGCAUGUGUAUACCUAGCUUCUUCAAGGGCUAGGAUCAAUCUGUUGCUUUCUGUUCCUCACUAUAUUCCCAUUAUUUCAUCAUAAUUGAUGAAAGAUACGGGAAUAUGAUUUAAAUAGAACUUGGUUGUUGGGAUAUAUGGCUGGAGGUAGUAUUUGAUCAUAACGUUGUGUCGGUCAUUCAAUGUGGUCUGAAUCUGUGGAUAACAUGGGAAGGGCUCUGGUAUCUUGUGCUAUUCCAGAGGGGGCCCAUUUUCAUGAGGAUUACCUGGUGUUACAGUUCUGACUCUGAAACUUACCGUUGAGAAUACCCUUGAUUUUUUGUCUCCCCUUUACCUGUUCCAAGGUCCACUUACUUUACCAUUCUCAAUGUCUAUUAUCUACUUGUAAUAAAGCAUGUUUAUAACCUA